UUGAAAUGUUCAAUGAUGACAAGUCCUGGUCUUGGCCUCUCUGAUUAUAGUCAAAUGUUUCAUUUGUAUGCUAGGGAUAAUUGUAAAACCAUGGCGGGCGUUCUCGGCCAAGAACACGGUGGGAAGAUGCGACCAGUCGCAUUUUUUUCUAAGGUCAUGCCUCUACAAGUCCAGGGUUUUCCUUCGUGCCUCCGAGCACUGGCUACUUGCGCUAUGGUUGUCGAAAUGGCUACUGUUUUCACACUGGGUCACCCUACCACCCUACACACAACUCAUGAUGUGUUAUCUAUUCUGAAAGGGAUACACACACAACAUAUGUCUGCCCAGAGACAGAGUGGAUAUGAGAUUAUAUUGCUGAGUAACCCCCAACUAAAAGUCCAGUACAAUUCCACCACGGCAGGACCAGCAAUGAUCUUAAAUGGAUUGCUGGGACUGAAGUCCAAUGAUGACACUAUAGCGGAAGAACACAGUUGUUUGGAAUCUAUAGAAGUCAUGACAUCUCCCAGAUUAGACAUGCAAAAGUCCCCUCUGGAAAGAGGGGAUGUAAUUUUUGUAGAUGGUUCUUGCUCCCGCCCAAAUGACAACACUUAUCAUGCGGGUUAUGCAGUAGUAAAAUUACCUGAUGUUGUCAUCGAGGCGGAACCAAUCAACCACCAGUCAGCACAAGCAGCCGAGUUAAUAGCCUUAACAAGAGCUUGCACCCUGUAUGCCAACCAACCUGUGACUAUAUAUACUGAUUCCAGGUACGCUCAUGGUGUUGUCUUUGACCAUGGAGUAUUGUGGUCCAUCAGAGGAUAUAUAGGAGCCGACGGGAAGCGCAUUUCACAUGCCCAAUUGAUAAAACAAUUGCUAGAUGCCAUAAAACUCCCAUCAGAAUUAGCCAUCAUCCAUUGUAGAGCACACACUCAAGGCUCAGAUGACAUAUCGAAAGGAAACGCCCUUGCUGAUAUCACAGCCAAGUCAGCGGCUAAGACAGUUAUUUCAACUUUCCUGACCAUGCCAACCUUGGUACCUCUCCUCCCAGAUGAAACACAGCUGCUAACUGAUUUGCAGGCUUCCGCUACCCCAGAAGAACUUGCUGAUUGGUGUUUUCCGGUGUUACAAAGGAGUCCUAAAACUGGACUCAUUUGCAAAGAGGGGAGACCAUGCAUCCCACAACAUAGUGCCCCAAUCUACAUAGCACAUGUUCACGGAAUAGGACACAUAGGUUGGAAAGCCACUUUACAACAACUUAAAACAAUGUUUUACAUUACCAGAGUUGAACCUAUGGUAAAAAGUUUUGUUCAGAGAUGCAUAACCUGCAUUAGGAACAACCCCAACAACCCACACAAGGUCAAACACGAGCACCUACCCUAUCCAACAACGCCAUUUACACAUCUACAAAUUGACUUUACUCACCUCCCAGUAAAGGGGGGCACACAGCCAGUUUGUGUAAUAAUAGAUGUUUUCAGUAGAUGGCCAGAGGCAUUCCCUACAAGAAGAGAAGAUGCUAAAACAGUGGUAGGAAUCCUGACAAGAGAGAUAGUCCCCAGAUGGGGAAUACCUAUACAAAUAAACUCAGACCAAGGCCCCGCCUUCACAUCUAAAAUUUGUAGAGAACUGGCCAAGACAUUACAGGUAGAAUGGAAAUUCCACAUUCCUUACCACCCCCAAAGCUCUGGAAUUGUGGAACGAAUGAAUAGGACGAUUAAAGACAAGGUGAGGAAAGCAACAGGUGGAACCUUUUCCAAUUGGAAAAGAUACCUCCCAGCCAUCAUGGCUGAAAUAAGAAUGACCCCCAACAAAGCCCUAGGGUAUUCCCCCUUUGAAAUCCUGUUUGGUAGACCUUUCCCCACCCCAUGGUCUAGGAAAACUUUUAUGACCAUGGAUAACCUUGAUAACCUGAGAGAUGAAUAUGUAAGGAAGCUGAUCGAAACCUUGGUCCGCACCGAGGAAGAUGUUACUCGCAAAUGUCCUUUUUCUUCACAGGAAAACACACACCCCUUCAGGGAGGGGGACGAAGUAGUGGUCAAGCUACAUCCAAAAGGGAAAAGACCGCAAGACUUCACCUACGGACCUCCCACCAUCAUUGUUGCGGUGACCAGAACAGCAGUCCUAACAGAGAACAGCCCCACCUGGAUCCACGCAACCCGAGUAAAGCUGGUAAAGAAAGGUCCAACCACAGAAGCAAGUCCAGAAGCAAGUCCAGAAGCAAGCCCGGAUUUAGAGACAAGAGAGGCACUAACGAGGGCAAGCUGACUUGCCCUGGCCUUGAACAGGAUAGUCAAGAAAAGGGGGUUCCGGAGGCAGACAGCCUUGGCCCUGUAGAAAAAUGACAAUCUUAAUUUCACCGGACUCUGGAAAACUUUGGUUACUCAUAGGACUUACCUCAUUAUCAGUUUUCACCAUAGUAUGGGUUACCACCAACUGUAUUUAUAGCCCAGAAGAUUUAGGGGGAUUGCGAGGUAUUUGUGGUAAAAAUUACAGCGAAAAAAUGCAAGUCCCCCGAUUUAAGAGGAGUAUCCCUUCCAGUAACCUUAGUUCCCAACAAAUAACCAUCGCACAAGUUAGAGAUCAGAUCACCACCAAUGUUAUACAUACCAGGCACAAGAGAGGUACACAACUAUAUAACAAAGGGAGCAAGACAGAUAGUCUCACAGACAAUAUGUUAUUGUUAAAGUUUAAAUAUGCUUAUGCUCGAAAAACUGGAUAUGAAAAGUGUUGGAUUUGUAGUAAACUACACCCUAGUACUGCUAGGAUCCCUCUAAUGGCGAUACCCCUAAAUUUUUAUCCCCUUUUAAACGGCACACCUCCCAUUAUCCUUACAAACGUCACGAGGAUGCUUCCAAAUAAUACCCUUACGUUCCCAAUUAUUGGUAGAAGCCACUCCCCAGACUGGUGUUUCAGGUUGGGGAACUCCACUAAAAGGGCUGAAGUUUGCCAACAUACUAAAAUUAAUUUUUCAAUGAUUUCAAUUAAGGACCCUAUAUUUCACACUUCAGACCCUACCAUGAACGCCACCUUAAUGGAUUUCCUUAGCUCAAGCUCCACCUCCCCAGUAGGUCAGCUGUUGUCAAGUUUCACCUUUUCAAGUCUUUCUGACGAGGUAAUGACAAUAUUCAACAAACGGCCCCUAGCCCUAGGAAACAGUGUUUAUAUUUGUUGUGGGAAAAUCUGUCACCCUUGGAUCCCCACUGAACCCCAAGGAUGGUGCUAUCUUGCAUCCCUAGUCCCCAUUAUGGGCGUAGUGGGAGAUGACAAGGGUGAGCACCUCCUUGAAGCUAGUAUGCAUCCUAGGUAUCCCCUUAAACAUCGCCAUAAAAGGGAAUUAUUUUUUGAGAAGGAUAUGGCAUGGGCCUGGUUUCCUUCGUGGACCGGGUGGGGAUUAGACAUAAUGAAAAGGCUAAACAAUUACUCUAAAAUUCUUGAUGAAAUCCUAGAUAAAAAUUCGGGGGACAUCACCAAUUUAAAUGAAGAGAUGAGGGCAAUUAAGAAACAACUUGAGCUCCAUAACCUAGCCAUCGAAAGCAUGAGUGCUGCCCUUACUGGGUUAUGUGAGGUUACAGAGGAUUACGAGUGUUGCACAUGGAUACACAAUACAUCUGUUGAAAUACCCGAUUAUUAUGACAUUAUUGCACAACACCGAAAGGAGGUAGAUAGCCUGCAACAAGAAGCCAGGGAUAUUGCUAAAACAUGGAGUCCUUUUGGUAAAGGGAGUUUUGGGCUUGGAGGGAUAUUCUCAUGGUUAAAAGACAUUGCUAUGACUAUUAUAAUAAUUUAGCUUUUUCUAUUAUUUCUAUAUGCAUGUUUUAAGCUCAUAAUGUGUAUCAUUGCCAGGGCUUCCAAAUCCCCCACCCACGACACUUCCAUGGUGUCAAAUCAAGUUCCAGAUUAUGACACCCCAAAGCCACAUGCACCCGGGAACGCACCCGGGGAUUACUCCACAUAUGUUAAAAUGCAUAAGCAAAAGAAAAAGAACCUCAUCAUUUAGGGAUGGAUGUGACUUGGUCCCUUUCCUCCAGCAGGGAUACAAAGGGUUAAUCCGCCACUCACAUUAGAUAUACCAGGGAGAUGUAUAUCCCCUGAUGACAUUCCUAAAUGAUCAUGAGUUCUAACACUACCCGAGGAGGCUCGGGUGAGAAAAUCAAUUAAGGUUUAAUUAGAUUUUAAGAGGGGAUUGUGGGGAAUGGACCUAGUUUAGUAUCCAUAUUGUUUGACCUGGAGAAUUGACCUAGGUUAGAAUCCAUAUUAUUUGUCCACAUUCCAUUUUAUAUAUGUGUUUUAGUUAAGCAAGCAACAUAAAGUAUGUGUGUGCUCUGUCUGGGUUUCGCUUCCUCUAUUGUCUAGAGCCAUGUUUAAUUUAGGAAUGUACGUGUUCUUUCUUAUGUUUAACUUCCCCUAUUAUCUAGGGUAAAGUUGAAGCUCAAACAUCAGCUGUCCUUUGUGGAAAAUUCCAUUCCUUUAACCUAAAAGAACAGUUAUAUGUAUGUCAAAUGUUAUGUUGUACGCCCCCUAUUUCCCCCCUAUAUAACCAGCAACGAGCCAAAAUUAAAAGAGCUUGGUUUCACAA